CUGUAGCUUCACAGAACGAUAGUCUUCUGGCUGCCGGGGUCAGUGACCCCCAUUUUAAUACUACAAGGAGUUGGAAGUAUAGUGUUGUAAAGUGUUGUGCCCCCAUCUUGCCCUACUAUAUCUCCAGCUAUGGCCGUUGCUCUGCAGGGCCCAGGGCAGUCCCCAAGAGACAGCACCCAUACAUAUCCUAGCGAGCAGAGAUUUCGGGAAGUCUAAUAGACAGAGUAUCACUAUACACUCCCUCGCACUUCCAGCCAAGGACGCCUUCCCAUUAGGAACCCAGCCAAAACCUUGAAAUUCCCACAUUGUAUUGUCUUGUUGAUAAGAGCCCGUGCUGUAGGUGUUGGCAUUGCUGUUUAACCCCUUGUGUCACCCAGUGCAGUGACUUGCCCCGAGUAGCUGCAGCACCCAUAUGUGCAGUGAGAUGUCCAAGGCCGUGGGAGUUCAUUGUGUGAUGGUGGGUGCUGAUAAGAGGCCUCUCCGUCUAAUCUGUACUGAUAAACAGAGCUGAUUGCAGAGGAGAAGUGCGGCCGGCCGGCCGGGCAGGAAGCAAGUGCUGCAUAUUUGGGCAGCGGUGGAGUCUGCAUUAUUCAUGGAAUGGCGGCUCGGCGCAUCCUCAAGGCGGUGCUGGUGGACCUGAGUGGCACCCUGCAUGUAGAGGACACGGCUAUACCCGGGGCACAGGAGGCUCUGAGAAGGCUCAGAGAGGCGCCGGUCGCCUUGCGCUUUGUCACCAACACAACCAAAGAGUGCAAGCAAACUCUCCUGGAGCGCCUCCACCAGCUCAACUUCGAUAUUCAAGAAGACGAGAUCUUCACAUCACUGACAGCGGCACGGAACCUUCUGGAGCAGAAGAACGUGCGCCCCAUGCUCCUGGUGGAUGACAGUGCUCUGCGUGACUUUGAAGGGGUAGCCACUCACAGUCCCAACGCGCUGGUGAUAGGAUUAGCUCCUCAGCACUUCAACUAUGAGACCAUGAACGAGGCCUUCAGGUUGGCGCUGGACGGGGCCCCGAUUAUAGCGAUUCACAAGGCCAGGUACUAUAAGAAGAAGGAUGGGUUGGCGCUGGGCCCGGGGCCAUUUGUUACAGCGCUGGAAUAUGCCACCGACACUCGCGCCACCGUGGUGGGGAAACCGGAGAAAACCUUCUUUCUGGAGGCUCUGAGGAGCACGGGGUGCAGCCCCGCCGAGGCCAUAAUGAUUGGGGAUGACUGCAGGGACGAUGUCGGAGGGGCACAGAACGCAGGGAUGCUGGGAAUACUUGUGAAAACCGGAAAAUAUAGAGCAGGAGACGAAGGGAAAAUAGACCCGGCUCCAUAUGUCGUAUGCGACUCCUUCCCCCAAGCAGUGGAUCAUAUACUGAAGAACUUGCUGUGAGACGGCUCCUAGGAAGGCUGAAGGGGACGGUAUAUAUAAUAUACAGUUGGGUCAUUUCCCUAUGGGACCAAACUGUAAAUUAUAUCCUUAUACACGGUGCUUAGUGAUGUCAUCAGUUGUAAUUGAAGCUUAGUGAUGUCAUUUCACAUGAUUCAAAAAACUUCGGAGUUCCAUGACCUGUAUUUAUAUGGUGACUUCUAAUAUCCCUAUAUUUUACAAUAGGGGGUACUUUUAUUAAUAUAUAUAUAUAUAUAUAUACAUAUAUAUAUAUAUAUAUAUAUAUAUAUAUUGGUUUGCAUGACUGACAGCAGGGAUAGGAAUAAAGGCAUCUGUGAAUGCUCUUGGGUAAUGUACAUAUUCAGCUAGACAACCUCAUGAAUAUAAAUAAUAGGACUUAUAAUAGGACCUGGUUAUCUGAAAAGGGAUAAGCAAGCAGGGUACUGAAUGUACCGUUCCAGUUCCAGGAUACAUAGGCAUAUGGUCAUGAAGGAGUUAAUUGGGGGUAUAUGUAUCAUGCUGUUCAAAAAGCAGAGUAAAACAUUACCAGUGAUGUUGCUCAUAUCAGCCAAUCAUUUGCUUUGCUUUGGUUUUCUAACUGUUGAGAUCUAAUUGCUGAUUGGUUGCCCUGGGCAACAUCACUGAUAACGCUUCACUUUUUACACAGCAUGAUAAAUAUACCCCUAAGUGACUAUAACGUUUGCCUGUGAGUGUAUGACAGAAGUGGGAUGAUGCUAAUGGCCCUGUUUGAAGCAAAUGAGUGUUUAUUUGUCACUAUAAUAAAUAAACCAUAAAUAAAAAGUC